UCAAGGGUGGGCUGACCUGGGUUAUUGGUUGACUGGAAGAUACUGACACGUACUGAUUAUUUUUUUUUUAAUCAUCUUAGAUGAUUUCUUCUUUUCUGGUGAUCUAGAAACAAAUAGCGAAAGUAAAGGAUGUCGGAGCACAGCAGAAAUUCAGACCAAGAAGACGCCCUCAGUGAGGAGCUUAACGAGGAUGAGCUCUUGGCCAACCUGUCCCCCGAAGAGCUGAAGGAGCUGCAGUCGGAGAUGGAAGUCAUGGCCCCUGACCCCCACCUUCCUGUGGGGAUGAUCCAAAAAGAUCAGACCAACAAAGCGCCUACAGGAAACUUUGACCAUAAGUCUCUCGUCGAUUACAUGUAUCUGCAAAAGGCAUCUAGACGCAUGGUGGAAGAUGAACGCGUUCCUGUCAGUUUUGUGCAGUCUGAGGAAAGCACUCAAAACCAGCGUGAAGUAAGAGGCAUUAAAACUAUGCCCCAAUUUUUAAAAGAAAAGCUCAACAGUGAAAUAGUUGCAAAUAAAAGGGGCUCCAACGGGAGCAACAAUAUACAAGAAACAGAAGAUGGUGAAGAAGAUGAAGAGGAUGGUGAGGAAGAUGAGGAGGAUGAUGAGGAAGAUGAAGAGGAUGAAGAUGAAGAUGAAAAAGUCAAAAAAGAAAAAAAUGAAGCACAGGAACAAAUCCAAAACAGUCCCAGCACCUGCCAGCAGCUGGCUACGAAAACACUGGAAGAGCAAAAAGACAGAGCAGAGACCAAAGAAAAAACCGAGAAGAAAAUAGCCAAAUUAGACCCAAAGAAAUUAGCUCUAGACACCAGUUUUCUGAAGGUAAGUGCAAGACCUUCAGGGAACCAGACAGACCUGGACGGAAGCUUGAGACGAGUAAGACAGAACGACCCUGACAUGAAGGAGCUCAACCUGAACAACAUCGAGAAUAUCCCUAAGGAAAUGUUACUGGACUUUGUCAAUGCAAUGAAGAAGAAUAAACACAUCAAAAGCUUUAGUUUGGCCAACGUUGGUGCAGACGAGAGUGUAGCAUUCGCCUUGGCCAACAUGCUGCGUGAAAACAGGAGCAUCACCACGCUUAAUAUAGAGUCCAACUUCAUCACAGGGAAGGGCAUCGUGGCCAUCAUGAGGUGCCUCCAGUUUAAUGAGACUCUAACCGAACUUCGUUUUCACAACCAGAGGCACAUGCUGGGCCACCACGCCGAAAUGGAAAUCUCAAGGCUUUUGAAGGCCAACAACACCCUGCUGAAGAUGGGCUACCAUUUCGAGCUUCCGGGUCCCAGGAUGGUGGUAACAAAUCUGCUUACCAGGAACCAGGAUAAACGGAGGCAGAAAAGACAAGAGGAGCAGCAACAGCAGCAACUUAGAGAGCAGAGAAAGCUGAUAGCUAUGCUGGAGAAUGGGUUGGGGCUGCCCCCUGGGAUGUGGGAGAGGUUGGGGGGACCCAUGCCCGAUCCCAGAAUGCAGGAGUUCUUCCAGCCUUCAUCCGGACGACCUCUCACUGCUCAGGAAGUCGCCUUUGGUGGAAGAAACGAAAUGAUGAAGAACCCACCCCAACCUUCGCAGGGCAAGACCGACCCUGACUCCUUUAAGGUGGUGAAGCUGAAGAGAAUUCAGCGCAAAUCUCGAAUGCCGCCGGAAGCAGGAGAAGCACAGGAGAAAACCAACCUCAAAGAUGUCAUCAAAACGCUCAAGCCGGUGCCGAGAAAUAGGCCACCCCCGCUGGUGGAAAUCACUCCCAGAGACCAGCUCUUGAAUGACAUCCGACAUAGCAAUGUCGCCUACCUAAAACCGGUACAGCUGCCUAAGGAACUGGCGUAAGAAGCCGCAGUAUCAUCUAGAAGAACAAAAUCUGAGCUGGAGGCUGUUUCACUAAGCGUACGAGGCAGAACUGGAAACAUGGUUCCAUCCAGGCUAGGGGUUUGUUUGGGUCCUGAUAAGACUCCAGGGGAAGGACACAGAGUAUCUAUGUUCGCUGGCAACACGCUCCAGUUCUUCCCAUUUGACUGAGUUGGGUGAAAAGUGCAGAGUGAUGCUCCUAGAGGCUGAAGUUAACAUUUUUGGUAAACUCUCACUUUACUAUUGCUUUCUUCUGGGAAACAAUAAAUCUGACAGAAGUGCUGUAAUGGUUGGUUACACUCCCAC